AUGUGUACACGAAGGAUCAUGUCAUCGACAAAAAUCAUGGAUAACAUGGAAGUGGCUUAUAUGUUCAUUAUUGUGCUCACUUGUUUUAUUGGCAUUAUUGUUACUAUAUUUGGCGUCGUCGCAAAGCCAAACCAUACUAAAUAUCUUUCCAGGGACGACUUUAAGACAUUCAUGGACUGCGUUGUUGCUGUUGGAAUCCUAAACGUAUCAAUGUCACUGGCUGUGCCUCUUGGUUCAUGUCGUAAUAGAAUGAAUGGUUUUGCUGCAAACUUAGCCGUGGGUGUCAUCACCACUAUCCUUGAACUAGUGCUUGUAAUUUUAUACUUUCGGGAAUUUACAGAAUACGGAGUGGCCUUAAUAGCACUGAUGGUCAUUAAUGUCGUCAAUAUGGUACUUGGAGGAGUGCUAAUUAAAAAUUGGAACAACACAUGGCGAAAUUAUCCGGAGGAAGGUUAA